CGCGAGCCGCUUCUUCCAACGAGGCCAUGUCGUCGAUCGAGAAGCUCUCGAUCUGUGGCAUCCGCAGCUUCUACCCGGGGCGCGCCGAGUCGAUCGAGUUCAACCAGCCGCUCACCGUGAUCCUCGGCGCCAAUGGGUGCGGCAAGACGACGAUCAUCGAGUGCCUCAAGAUCAGCUGCACAGGGUCGCUUCCGCCAAGUGCGCGCAGUGGCCAAAGCUUCAUCCACGACCCCAAGAUCCGCGGGGACGUCGAGGUCAAGGCGAACAUUCGCCUGCGCUUCAAGAGCCGCGCGGGCCAGACCAUGGUCGUGCAACGCACGUUCCGCCUGCAACAGAUGAAGGCGACGUGCCGAUACCAGGCUCUCGACGGCGUCGUGCGCAUGCUCGACAACCAGGGGAAGAAGCUCAGCAUCAACCAAAAGUGCGGCGAGCUCGACAAGCACAUCCCGGACUUGCUCGGCGUCUCGGCGGCCGUGCUCGAAAGCGUCAUCUUUUGCCACCAGGAAGAGUCCAACUGGCCGCUCCAGGAAGGUAUCGUGCUCAAGAAGCGCUUUGACGACAUCUUCGAGUCGGCGCGCUACACCAAGGCGCUCGACGCGAUCAAGAAGCUCAAGAAAGACCGGCUGGGCGUCGCCAAGGACAUGAAGCGCGACCUCGACGUGCUCGCCGAGCAAGUGAGCCGCGUGCGCGAGAUGGAAGAGCAGCUCGAGGAGCAGCAGGCGAAGCUCGAGUCGCUGCAAGCGGACUAUGCGCAGCUCUCGAGCGACAUCGACCUGCGCGAGUCGCGCGUCCACGAAACCGAGGCCGCGCUCGGCCACGUGCGCAGCAUCAUGGACCAGCUCCGUGCGCAGGAAGCGGUCGUCAAGCAAAAGACCGACGAGAUCACGCGCGUGUACCAGCAGAUGGGGCGCGAGAUGGCCGAGUCGACCGAGAGCCUCGAAGAGAUCCUCGCCAACUACGACAGCAUCCUUGCAAUCAAGCGCAAGGAAGUGGCCGAGCUCUCGACGCAAGAGUCGCAGCUCCAAGACGAGCUCGCGAGCGUCGACCAGGCCGAGCGCAAGCUCGCGCACGAGAAGGGCGUCUUGGAAGCCACGAUGGCGCAGCAAAAAGAGGCGGUGCGCGCCCGGACCGACUUUACCACCAAGCUCGGCUCGACCUACGGCAUCGCAGCUGCCGUCGUGACGCCGGACGACGCGCGCAUCUUCGCAUCGCGGCUGCAGGACGUCCUCGCGCAGCUGGGCGCGACGUUAAAGCGGCUCGAAGCCGACGCGCGGCGUGGCGACGACGAGUGGAACGCCAAGCAGACAACCGUCUCGGCCAAGGUGCACCACUGCCACGAGACGCUUGGCGCCAAGACGCGCGAGCUAUCGACGCUGAAGCGCAAGGAAGACGCACUCGUCGCGGAGCUCAACACGUCGAGUGGUGGCCUCGACGCGUCCCAGCGCGAGUGGGGCGUCGUGGAAGCGCGGCUCGCUGACGCCGAGGCCAAGCUCACGGCCUUGCGCGAAUCGGCGACGACCGCGACGCUCAAACAAGACAUUUUGGCGCUGGAAAAGGAUGCCAAUAGCAUCACGUUUGAUUUGCGAUCGCUCGACGACAAGCUCCAGAUCCUACGCACCUUUGAGCGGGACCAGAUUGCGCUCGAGCACAAGCGCAGCGAGCACGCGGCGAAGCGCAAGGCGCUCGAGACCGCCCUCGCCGACGACCGCACCCGCGUCGAGACGCUCGUGUUUGACCUCAAGCGGGCCACCGAGGCGAGCAGUGCCAGCGUCGCCCAGCUCGAGCGAGACAUGGCCGAGGCCCAAGUCAAGAAGCGCACGGACGAGCGGGCGAUUGCGACGACGCGGAAGCGCUACGAGACGCUCUUAAACGGCCCGAUGCUCGAGUGGAAGACGCUCCUAUCGACCUUUGGUCUCGAGCCCGAGACGGCGCUCACGCAGCUCGAGACGCAGUACCUCGAUGCCAAGGACAAGACGCAGAGCCGGAAGAAUACGAUCGUGUUUCUGCGCACGUACAUGAAGAAGGGCGAGAAGGACCACUGCUGCCCACUCUGCCAGCGUGGCCUCUCGCCGGACGAGGAGGCUCUCUUUUCGCAGCUCAUUGCGAGCAAAAUGGACGACAGUAGGAACCAAGAGAAGAUCGCCAAGGCCGAGCGCAACGAGACGGCCGCACUCGACGCGUGGAAGCGCUGCGAGAAGCUCCUCCCGCUCUACACUGAGUAUGCGGCGCUCGAGGCCGCGCUCCCGACCCAGACGGCCGAGCUCGAGUCGCUCUACACGACGAUCCGCAUGCUCGAUGUGCAGCUCCAGGAAGCCAAAGCGACGCACUCGUCCAACGUGACCCGCUCCGACGACGCGGCGACGGCUCUCAAGCACCUCACGUCGCUGCAGACGCAGUGGGAAGAGCUCUCGUUUAUGGGCCGUCGCCUCGACGGCGACGAAGACCACCUACUCUCGGAGAAGACGAUCCGACUCGGUGCCAACCCACCGACGCUCGCCGAGGCGCAGACGGCCCGCGAUAGCAAACAAGCGUCGCUCCAGGAAAGCCAGUCGCGGCUCAAGCGGCUGCAGCGCGAGUUGCAAUUGCACCAAGAGGCGCAGCAAGGUCUCCAGAACGAAGUGCACAAGUGCCGCGAAGAGAAAGCGGCGAUCCAGCAGCGCCGUGUGGACGUCGAGAAGGCCCGCGAGGCGCGCGAGGUCCUGCGCACGCAAAUCAAAUCGUUGCAAGAUGACAUCGCCACGCUACAGCGCGACCUCCCGGGCUACCAGCGCGAGCUGCAGCAGUGCAAGAACGAGCAGCUUUUGGCGCGGGACACGCACGCGCGGGCGAUCGCGACUGCGCGCGACGCCUCCUCGCGCUGUGAGAACGACAAGCGGCAGUACGACGACAAGAACAAGCACGCCGACUCGUUUGCGCGCCAAAAUCUCGACGGCCGCGCGCUCGAGUUGACCGCCCAAAUGCAGUCGCUGCAAACGAUGAAGGCCGAGAAGGCACGCCGCAUCGAGCAGAUCCAGCCGGAAAAGUCGUCGGCGCUCCGAGCGCUGGACGAGAACGUGAGUCUGAAGCGGCAGAUUGACGACAAUUUGAGCUACCGGCGGCUCCAAGGCGAGCUGGAGCAGGCCAAAGCAGCCGUGCAGGCGACGCAGCGCCAGCUCGGACAGCUGCAUAGCGUGGCCGAGGCCGAGCGGUUGGUCGCGGAAGCCAAGCAGAAGUGCGACGCGACGCGCGAGGAGCGCGCUAUCUAUCGCGGCAAGCAAGAGGGGUUGCAGGAAGCCGUGCGCAACACCCAGGUCAAGCUCCAUGGCCGGGAUUUCAAGAACGUGGAUGAGAAGCAGCGCUGCAAGCUCAUCGACUACGAGACAACGAUGAUGGCGGUCUCGGACCUGGACAAGUACCACAAGGCGCUGGACCUCUCGCUCAUGGAGUUCCACUCGAAGAAGAUCGAAGAGAUCAACGCGAUCAUUCGCACGCUGUGGCAGAUCACGUACCGCGGCAAUGACAUUGACACGAUCGAGAUUGUGAGCGGCCAAGAGUCGGGGGCUGCCGCGCGCGCCGGCCGUUCGUACAACUACCGCGUUGUGAUGCGGAAGGACAACACGCUGCUCGACAUGCGCGGUCGGUGCAGCGCCGGGCAAAAGGUGUUGGCGGCGCUCGUCAUCCGGCUCGCGCUCGCCGAGACCUUUUGCUUGAACUGCGGGAUUCUGGCGCUGGACGAGCCGACGACAAACCUCGAUUCGGCCAACAAGCUCGGGUUGGCGCAGGCCAUUGCCGACAUUCUCAAGGCGCGGGAGAACCAGCACAACUUUCAGCUGAUUUGCAUCACGCACGACGAGGAGUUUGUCCAGAUGCUCAACCGGUCGCAGCUCAUGGGCGGGACGCGCCCCGAGUACUUUUGGACCGUGAGCCGCGAAGAAGUCGCGCCACGCUACUACUGCAGCAAGAUUGAGAAGCGCAACUGGAACUCGGACGUGAUUUACCGACCGACCGACGACAUUUAACGCAUUUUAUGGCAUGCAUAUUGAUACAUUGAUAAUAUAUUAGAUAGAUGUUGGGAUGCAGAGUGUACAGGAUUACCACACAAACGGCGCUUGCAGGAACGGGGAUCGAAGCGACGGGUGCACG